UAUUUCUUUUCGGUUAAUUAAUUUUACUCCACUCUUUGUCUACUUUUUUUCUUUCUUUUGUAGAUUGAAAUGAUGAUUCUAGUCCCUCUUCGGUGUCCAUCCCGUGUAAAAAGAAAUCUAGAAGAUUUUUUUUUCUUUUUCUUUAAGAAAGAUGACUAAACAAACAGGGAACACCAAAGAACCAACUCUAUCGUGGCUGUCAGUAUCAUAACAAGUAUACGUUCACAAAACAAAUAUAAGGGGGUUUCUGGAUUUGAAGAAAGAAAAAAAGUUGAUUGUGAUAAUAUCUUGUAUAUAAAUAUUCCUUUUAUGUUGAAGUAAUUAUAAACCCAUGGAUGCAGUGAAAAACUGUUCAUUAGAGAGAGAAAUCAAAAUGAAUUAUGAUCAAAUAAAUGGAUUGAACUACUUGUGUAAUGUUUUCAUUAAUGAAUAUAUAUUUUAAAUUAAAGUGUUUGUUCAACAUUUUUUCCUGCCGACCACUGGAGCCACAAUAAUCAAUCCCAAAUAAAUUCAGACGAAGUAUUCAAUUUCAAUUUGAAAGGUACACCUUUUCUAGAAAUGAAACAAAGAAUGUCAUUUACAAUUAGGUCUGUGUAGAUAUUAAAACGUGUAAAAUGUGGAUUGUUAUCUUCAUCACCAAGCUAUUACAUAUAUUUGGUUUAUUUGAAAAUUCAAAAUUUCUAUAAAACAAAUAAUUGCUAUAUGGACCUCAAACGAGCAAUGGUGCCCCACAAAAUAUUUUAUGCUUUUACAAAAGUUGGCUCCAAAAAUUAAAAUUGCAAGUUUUUAACCCCACCAUAGUGCAAGAUGACUCAAAAGCUGUUAAUACGGUUGGUAUACGGUCAUAUACAGUAUUUGCAUAUGACUAAAAUACCCUUCUUUGUUUGCCCAUAAAUAUCAGCCUCCAACAAUGCAAUUCUUCCCUUUUCCCCCGCUAAUCACUCAUCUCUCUAUUAGAAAAAAAAUAAGCAAUUAUGUUGUCCACUGUACCGGCAAUUUCCUUCCUGGAACCGGGUACGGUUAAUCACUUUUCAGGUUUCCAAACCGGAUUCACUCCUUGGGAGGGGGACUGCUUUGAUCUCCUUUCCAUGAACCAAUUUUUGAUUGAACCGGCCGUUCCCAGCCCUUGUUAUGGUGAAUCCGACUCUGGUCUCGUUAGAACUAAUUCUGGUUUUGAUGAUAUUAAAACCGGUUCUGACGAAUCUUGUGCCGGUUUCAUCAAACCCGGUUUUGAGGACACCGUCAGUUCACAGGGCCUACUGUGCACUCAAGGAGACAAACCGGACCCGGAUGACCCAAAACAAUGGACAGCCCUCGCGAAUUUUGAACCGGGCGAGAAGAAGCAUAACCGGAAUAAGCUGAUUCAACCGGAGAUGACCGACGAGAGGAAAAGAAAGAGAAUGGAGUCAAACCGGGAAUCAGCGAGACGGUCAAGAAUGCGUAGACAGAGUCACAUUGAUAACUUAAGGAACCAAGUAAAUCAGCUCGAUCUGGAAAACCGUGAGCUCGGGAACCGGCUCCGGUUAGUUAUAUACCACCUUCAACAAGUGAACACGGACAAUAACAGGCUCGUGACGGAACAAGAGAUGCUCCGGUUAAGAUUCUCGGAGUUGAGGCGGAUUCUGAUUCUCAGACAACUUCAACAACAACAACAGUGGGAACUCAAUAACAGGAGAAUGAUCAUGUAUGAACAAAACCCAUCUACGAUCAUAUGAUUUAAGUAAAUAAAAGCUUUGAACAUCUAGAACAUUAAGAUCAAAGAAAAAAAUAUCUCUCUAUGUAUAUGAAAGGUUAGGAAGAGAAAAUGAUAUUUUUCGAAUUUUCCUUUCUAUUUUGCAACUCUGAGAGAAGAAUGAAAAAAACUUUUUUUUCGUUGCACUAUCAUAGGAAUAUAUAGU